AUGGCUGAGUUACGGAAGAGACACACUGAGGCGGCGGCAGCAGCAGAAGACUCAGACAAGGGUCAAGAGAUUGACAGUGAUCCGCGAGAAGAUCUAGAUUCUGAAGAUGAUAAAAGCCCAGAUGAAAAAGUGGAUGUUGUUCUCACCAAGACUAUACCAACAGGGACUGACAAGACACCUGAACUGCUCGAUACUGCUUUGAAGGGAUUCUCCGAUAGAUGGCGAAACUGGACAAUCAGAGGAAUCUUCACGUUUGUUAUGAUUGGAGGGUUUGGUCUGCUGAUCUAUGCUGGACCACUAGCGCUUAUGGUGGCAACUUUGAUUGUCCAAGUGAAAUGCUUUGAAGAAAUUAUUAACAUUGGAUAUGCUGUCUAUCGCAUACAUGGCCUACCUUGGUUCCGCUCGCUCUCAUGGUAUUUCCUGAUCACAUCUAAUUACUUCUUCUAUGGAGAAAGCCUAGUGGAUUAUUUCAGUGUUGUCAUCAAUCGUACUGAUUAUCUUCGUGUUCUUGUAACAUACCAUCGUUUCUUCUCAUUCUGCCUCUAUAUCGUUGGCUUUGUGUGGUUUGUCCUUUCUCUUGUGAAGAAAUAUUACAUGAAACAAUUCUCUCUUUUUGCAUGGACUCAUGUUGCUCUCCUCAUAGUAGUUACUCAGAGCUAUCUCAUCAUUCAGAACAUAUUUGAGGGGCUAAUCUGGUUCAUUGUUCCUGUUUCUAUGAUAGUAAUUAAUGAUGUGUGGGCCUAUGUGUUUGGAUUCUUCUUUGGUCGCACACCAUUGAUUAAAUUGUCACCUAAGAAAACAUGGGAAGGAUUUAUCGGAGGUGGGCUUGCCACUGUGUUCUUCGGACUUUUGAUGUCUUAUGUGAUGUGUCAAUACCAGUAUUUCGUGUGCCCAAUUGAGUAUAGUGAAACUCAGGGCGCUAUGACAAUGGAAUGUGAGCCAUCUCGUCUCUUCCGCCUUGAGGAGUACACUCUCCCUGAAACAAUGUCUGGACUCUUGAAACUGAUUGGUGUGAAGAAUACUGUCACUCUGUACCCCUUCAUGCUUCACUCUCUGUCUAUGUCCACCUUCAGCUCUGUCAUAGGUCCUUUUGGAGGUUUCUUUGCCAGUGGCUUCAAGAGAGCAUUCAAGAUUAAAGAUUUUGGAGAUGUGAUUCCUGGUCAUGGUGGCAUUAUGGAUCGCUUUGAUUGUCAAUAUCUGAUGGCUACAUUUGUGAAUGUUUACAUCUCAAGCUUCAUUCACAAUCAAUCACCACAGAAACUGCUGCAAAUGGUAUUGUCCCUGAAACCAGAACAGCAAUUGAAUCUGUUCUACACACUCAAAGAGCAUCUUGAAAAGCGUGGCAUUGUGCAGCCUCCUUAAGCGUUUUGUUCCUGGUUAUGUGAUCCGAGAUCUUGCCCAGCUUUUCAUUUGCAGUCGUCAUUUGCUUUCAGACCAUUCCAAGACAUGAUUUCUUGACCCUCAUUCUCAGAGCAAUGUGUUAAUUGAUGUUGCUUUCCUAACAAUGUUGUGACAGUGUCACAAAAAAAAAAUUGACUUACCAAGCAAGCAAGCUAGCUCAUUGUUAUUUUAUAAAAAUGCAAAAACACUAGUAGUGCGUUCUAUUGGAAAUGCUGGAUGUUUUAUGUUAGGUACUGUUUUGUUGCAUUAUUCAAUAUCACUGAUCAUUGUUGGAUGACAUAGAUAAAAAACACAGCAUCCAUGGCAUGAAGAAUUUUAACAAAUCUCACAUUUAAUCGCUUUAGCACUAUGAAAUUUUAAAGGAAUGGUGGUGUAACUAAUUAAUAUUAUUAUUGUCAUUAUUCCAAUUGCGUAUUUAAUCAAAUAUUGAAAUAGUGCAUUAGCAAUAAAUUUUACUGUAAUUGUGCUAAAGCUUUCUAUGUGUUUGUGGGCUUUUAAGUAUUCUUGUGGUUCCAGCUUGAGCCUGUUUGGUACCUUUAAAGGCCACUAGCAGUGUGAUAGAAGGUGUUACUUUCAAAUUCCAAUGCUAAUAUCAUUUCUGUUACAUCAUUAGUUUUCUUGCAUUUAGGCAUUAUUAAUUUUUGUUACCAAAACUUCAACGCUAAUUUUAAUACGUGUGGUAAUUUUAUGACUCAUUUUCAAUUCCUCAAAACAUUAUUUACUAAAAACCAAAAGACAUCGUUAUUGUUCGAAUUCAUGUGGCAAAUAUUUAUUGAAUCUAACCUACUGAAUGGAAUGUGUUGUAGGACUUCAGUGAAUUAUUAUCGUUGUCAAAUACUAUUUAUUAGUGACCUUAGGGUAUUUUCAUAUGUGUUCAAUUAUGAGAACUUACAUGUAGAUGUGGUGUGUAAACUCUCCAUUUAUAAGUGUGCUAGUCAGCUACUAAAAAAUCUUUGGUGUCACACAAAUCGUGUAUACUAGGCCAUAAGGCUCGUUAAGUGUCUUUACCUUGUGUUGGAAACUAAUGGUGCCCUCUGGUACCACUCUUUAUUGUUGUUGUUCAGUACACUUUGUGUCAUAUUUUUUGACCAACUCUUUAUUAACUCUGUUAAUGAAAUUUACUGGAGUGUUACAAAAUGUGCCAAUACCUUCCAGCUAGGUUCAUGCUGGUACAGUGUUUAUUGAUGGAUUAGUGUGGCAAUUUUUUUGGCAUUUAUACUUAUUGCUUUGUUCACUGUGAGUUCAAGGUCGAACCAUGAACUUGAACAAGGCAACGCAUGUUAGCUUAGCCUAGUAGAAGUGAAAAUGUUCUUAUCACUCUCCAUAUUUGUUUGACUUGCCUAGCCAGUACUACAAGGUUUUGGCUGUCUUGUCGUUACAUCAUGGCUUCCCUUUUUCUCCCUCUUGUUUAUGUUUUUGUUCUCAUAAAUACAGUGUAAUGUGUAGGUGCUUAGAAUUUUGAUAGCUUAGGAGUUAAUAAUAUCAUCUGUAGAGUCCGUAGAGUUCUCACUUAUCUCUUUAGGUCUUACUUCAAUCAUUCUCAGAAACAAUAUUGAAUGUGAUGCUGGUAUUAUUUUUGAGGUAUUGUGUUGCUCAUUACAUCUCAGUAUCUGCUUUUUUUUUCUUCCAACUGUUUUGUUUCUUUUUAUAGUAAUGUUUUGUAGGUGUAUUUUUAAAUUUUUUGUUUGCAUUUUAAAUGUACCUGUUUUUUUCUUGUUUUCUUUUUUUUAGACGACAUGUUACAAAGAGGAAGGUGGCCUAUUUUCAGUUAUUUGUGAGUGUCAAUCUUGGCAUAUAUGGUCAAUAAGGCUGAACAUCAUCUAUAAAGUACCAUAAGAAAGGAGUUAUUGUUAUUUGUUUUCUUUAUCUAUCGCUUGGAUACAUUGUCUCGUUGUUUAUCUCAGAUGGCCCAAUAUUAUUUCUCAGAAGUUGAAGAAACCUACCAAUAGGAGUGGAAGUGUGAGUGCUUUCUUGGUUGUAGGAUAUUUUGGUUCAGGUGUGACUGUGUUGCUUCUUUCAUUUCUUUCAAUGGUGGAGGUUGGUUUUGCCUGUGUAGUUGCUCUCUAGUUUUGACAGAUAAUUAAAUGAUGUUUUAAAAAGGUUUUCAUUUAUUUGACUUUUUGUCGGGAGCAUGAAGUACACAUAAUGAUCAAAAGAGUUAAUGGAUGUUGUGAAAUUGUACCUCACUCUGUAUCUCCAUAUCCUAGGACAUUGUCCUCUUUAUAAAUUGUUUUCCGUUAUGUAUGUACUUCAUUUAUUUGUUUCUUUUUUUUCCUUAGGUUUGUAAUUUAUUUGUGUAGUACAAUAUUUGUUGUAGUUUAAUUUUAAAUUGAUUGUUGUUAGUGGCUUUCCUAUAACAAUUUAGUGCGUAAGUUCCUAUUUAGUAAUGCCUUGGAUGUUGUUGGCAAAGUGCUUUCCUUGUCUUCUGUUUCCUUGUUUUAGCGAUGCCUGGAAACUAUGUGUUCCAUGCUUUGUGCAUUCUAGGAAUCCUGUAAUGACUGACAAUUGUAAUUUAUUGUCAAUAUGUCUGGUCAAUGAAUAUCUCACCUGAUGCAGCUGGCUGCCAAAUAUGCAACUGAAGGUCCCAUGUAUGAAUUCCUAUGCUUUCUAGGAUUGUGGACCAAACGAGUUCAUGCUAAUGGGAAGAGUUGUUGCAGUUUUCUCUUAAACUCCACACUGUGGGUCUUUAUCAUAAAUCAUUUACUGUGAAGUGAUAUAUUAUGUGUUAGUAGACAGGUCUUCUUUGUCUAAUUAUUAUGUUGUGUGUGGUUGUCUAAUGUAUACUAUAUAGUUUAUGUAGCAUGACUGAAAUCAAUGUUUUAAGUGUUUAUUGUGCGGUGUAAAAGUUUAUGUUGAGACUUAAAUUGCCAGUGUCAUUAUCUGCAAAUUGUGCACUUCUAUUACCGUAUUUGCAAACUUGUAUGUUAUUGCCUUGUUUCAUUGCAUGAUGUUUGGUGUUCCUCAUGGAGCCUGGUUUCAUGAUUUUGUUGUUUCUAACAUUAUCCAAUUGCAGCUGAAUCAAUAUCUUAUUUUGUAAUAAACUCGGUCUUUCUGUAGGUUGGAUUUUGUUGUGUGACUUGUCUUACGAACAAACAAAGUUUUUCAGUUUUUCAAAGAAAGAAAAAAGAUGAAAAGAGACAUUUUGUGCAUUGAGUUGCACUCUGUAGUGUUGCAACUGACUCUACCUUACUUUGAAAUAUGAACAGAAAAUGAAAAUCAUCCAUCAUUGACAAUGAGUUUAAAUCGCAUUACCAAAUUUUUAAGUGCCUACCAGGAAUAGAAAAUUCAUUCCCAAAACAAUUAUUUUGUGGCAAGUUGUUGGCUUCAGUAUAUUGUAUGUUUUAACCAUGAAAUGUUGGUAAUUAGAAAUUUAUCUAAAUGAAGUUGAUGUGUUAGUUCUAUAUGUGCUAAUAAUAUAAAGAGUAAUAAACCUUUCUCACCCUGA